AUGGGCGGGGAUUCAGGGCGAUUAAUCUUUGCCGUAUUUUGCAUCAUUUCUGCUGAUUUGCAAAUUCACACUGGGGAGAGACCAAUCACCUACUCGGUGUGUGAGAAGGGAUUCACUAAUUCAUCCCAGUUGCUGAAACAUCAAAGAGUUCACACUGGGGAGAGGCCAUUCACCUGCUCUGAGUGUGGGAAGGCAUUCGCUCAGUUAAACAACAUGCUGAGACAUCAGCGAAGUCACACUCGGGAAAGGCCAUUCAUAUGCUCCCAAAGUAGAUCAAAGGAAGAUUUGAUAGACAUGUACAAGUUUAUAAUAGAUUUAGGUAAGACAUAUAUCACCGUUCCUUCAUCAUCCUUGGAUGAAGACCCUGUAACUCCUUGUCUAACAUCAUUGUGGGAUCACCUUCAAUACAUGGGCUGCAACGGUUCAAGAAGGUCAAACAUCAUUUUCUCCACAAAUCACAAUGUUCGGGAAGUGAUUGACGGCAGCUCCGGACCAAUAGGGAGAAGGAGCGGCUCGGCCUUCAACCAAUCGGAAGUGAAGAUCGUGUCUGUGGUGCCUCUCGAUGAAGAAAACCGCACCGUGAGUCUGGAAGGAGCUCUUUGGCCACUGAGAGAAGAGUCACAAUCAGAGUGUCCCAGAGAUCCUCCAGCAUGCAUCCCACUUCCCAAUGAGGAAUAUGAGGUUGUGCAGCCAGGCCAGGAGCGUAACACCGCGGUGUUUCAGAAUUUCAGCAGGGAUUCCAUCUGCGCCAGAGGCCGUGUUGUCUUUCAGCUGUUGAAUGGGUUUAUCAUUCUCGCUCCCGGCCGUGGUAGCAUCGAGAUUGAGCCGGGCAGUGUAUUGAAGAGUGGAGAUGAGGAUAUUCAAGUGGAAGACAGAGUCUCGUUUGACGAGUUCUUCAAAAUGUUCUGUCCAGUGAUCCCUGUCCUUGAUCAGCUCCCCUCCAUCUUGGGCCACAGAAUGCUUGAGUCAAAGAUUGCCUUGACAGUGCUGAAGAAACCAUGGAUGACCGCGCAUGCGUACCGCUGCACACUGAUCCCAAUAAAGAUGGCGGCCGUUAACUCCGCCAUUAUAUUGAGAACCGCGGUCCGCAGCUGCCCCUACGACCGUUCGCUGCGACCGCGGGGCCACUGCAAUUUAUUCGGAAGUCGAGGCCUCCCGUGGAUCCUGCAAAUUCCAGCAGGAGAUUUUAAAUAUGGAAACAGUGAAAUAGUUUCAGAGGUCAGUGAGCACAGGGAGGUUGGGCGUCUUGGUGUUAUUAGGCACACGGGCAGCAGAGGCUUGAACAACCUCAAUAUUACUGAGAAGUUGAAUGUGAGAGGCUGGCAACAGUGCAGAAAAAGUACCAUCCACAAUAGAGAGAAACCAUGGAAAUGUGAGGACUGUGGGAAGGGAUUCAGUUACCAGUCGAAGCUGGAAACUCAUCGACGCACUCACACUGGGGAGCGGCCGUUCACCUGCUCUGAAUGUGGGAAGGGAUUCACUCAGUCGUCCACGCUGCUGACACACCAGCGAGUUCACACCGGGGAGAGACCAUUCACCUGCUCCAAAUGUGGGAAGGGAUUCAUUAAUUCAACCAACUUGCUGACACACCAGCGAGUUCACACUGGGGAGAGGUUGUUCAGCUGCUCUGAAUGUGAGAAGCGAUUCACUCGGUCAGCUGACCUGCUGACACACCAGCGAGUUCACACUGGGGAGAGGCCAUUCACCUGCUCUGAAUGUGGGAAGGGAUUCACUCUGUCAUCUGACCUGCUGACACACCAACGAAUUCACACCGGGGAGAGGCCAUUCACCUGCUGCAUGUGUGGGAAGGGAUUCACAAGAUCAACCCAUCUACUGAGACACCAGCAAGUGCACACUGAUGAGAGACCUUUUAAAUGCUCGGACUGUGACAAGUGCUAUAAAAGUUCUGGGGACCUGAUGUCCCAUCGACGUGCUCACACUGACGAGAGACCAUUCAGGUGUUCUCACUGUGGGACUGGGUUCAGGCGAUCAUCUGACCUCAUUGCACACCAGCGCAUUCAUACUGGGGAGAGGCCUUUCAUCUGCUCAAAGUGUGGGAAGGGAUUUACUCAGUCAUCCAACCUGCUGAGACACCAGCAAGUGCACAAUGGGAAGAGACCAUUCACCUUGUCCUUGUGUGGAAAGGGAUUCACUCAGACAGCCACCUUUCUAACACCUCAUCGAGUUCUCACUGAAAUCGAGAUGGCUCCCUCCCUGCGCCUCCAGCUCCCACAAUACGCAUGCUCUGGCCACAACCCGCUAAUACGCCUGCUAACGGCCUCCUGCAGUGGGUGUAGGACAUAUUCUCUUUCGCCGCGAAUGCUGGUCACUUACAUGGUCAGCCAGCUGGAUGGAACCUCGGGCACCCUGAGCUUGAUCUCUGCCUUGUUAUUGGGGUCAUUAACGUCAGCAGAAACAAAUGCCAAGUAUCAAAAUGAACAUGGUUCAGUCCUGGGUAUGACUAAAAGCAGCAAUAACAUCAGGAUCCAACCCCUGCAGUUACUUGUGAACUCGCUGAUGUCUCCGGAGAUGCAGAGACACAAGGACAACUUCACUAUAGAGAAACCGUGGAAAUGUGGGGACUGUGGGAAGGGAUUCCGUUCCCCAUCUGCACUCGAAAUUCAUCGACGCAUUCACACGGGGGAGAGGCCAUUCACCUGCUCUCAGUGUGGUAAGGGAUUCAAUCACUCAUCGCAUCUGGUUACGCACAAGCGAGUUCACACUGGGGAGAGGCCAUUCACCUGCUCUGUGUGUGGCAAGGGAUUCACUCAGUCAUCACACCUGCGGUUGCACCAGCGCGUUCACACUGGGGAGAGGCCGUUCAUCUGUUCUGUCUGUGGGAAGGGAUUCAGUGAGUCAUCCACCCUGCAGAACCACAGUGUUGUUCACACUGGGGAGAGGCCAUUCACUUGCCCCGUGUGUGAGAAGGGAUUCACUCGGUUAACCAACCUUCUGCGGCACCAGAUAGCGCACACCGGAGAGAGACCAUUCACUUGCUCCGUGUGUGGGAAGGGAUUCACUCGGUCAACCAGCCUACAGGCUCACCAACGUGUUCAUACUGGAGAGAGGCCAUUCUCCUGCUCUGAGUGUGGGCAGGGAUUCCCAAAUUCAUCCAGCCUAUGGAAGCACCGGCGAGUUCACACCGGGGAGAGGCCGUUCUCUUGCUCUCUGUGUGGGAAAGGAUUCACUGAAUCAUCCAACCUGCUGAGACACCAGCGAGUUCACACUGGGGAGAGGCCUUUCACCUGUUCGGAGUGUGAGAAGGAAUUUGCUGAUACAUCCAGCCUGCGGAAGCACCGCCGACUUCACACAGAGGAGAGAGACUGUUCACCUGCUCUGAGUAUUAAAACUUAUACGAGGCUCAUAGAAGAGAUUAUUGCAAGGUGUGAAAUCUGUAAAAAGUAUCGGAGGACACCGUCACAUUCUUUUGUAAACCUUCCCUUGGCACGUGACUUGAACAAGUUAGUUGCCAUGGAUCUAAAGGUAUGGGACAAAGUCAGAAAUAUUUUCAUUCUACACUUUAUGGACAUAGUAACUCGAUUUAGUCUUUCUCUCAUAAUACGUGGCAAGGACAAAAGGGUGAUUAUAGACCAAGUCAUGGAGAAAUGGAUAGGGACUAGACCUGGGGCACCAGCUAAGUUUCUGACUGAUAAUGGAGGGGAAUUUGCUAAUGAGUUUAGAGACGUGUGUGAAAACAUGAACAUUAUGUUCAUGAACAUCACAGCUGAAUGUCCUUUCAGCAAUGGACUCUGUAAAAGGAAUCACGCGGUGAUCAAUGAAAUGUAUAAAAUCUUAGCUGAUCAGCCAAACUGCAAGUUGACCACUACACUGGCAUGGAUGAUUCAUCUGGCAGCGCAGGCGCAGAAAGCGCUGCUGUCCGGAGCAGGCGCAGUGCAGUUGCCGCCAGCGGUCGCUCGAUCUCUUUUUGAACCAGCCAAACGCCGUAGACAGUGGGGGGAGGGGGGAGGGGGGAGUUCGCCGAGCGACUUCUCCCUCUGGCCGGAGCCGUCAGCCGGUUACCUGGAAACCUUGUCUCGAGGAGGUGCAGGGGUAGGAGGAAAAACGGGUGGGGGCGGGGCUCCAGUGUCCGCGUGCCUGGCCUGCAGACUGGAACCCGAGGACGUCACCGUGGAAGAGGGUGAUUCCUAUUGGCUGAUUCGGCCAACGUUCCAUUGUGGACGUCACAAUGCGAAAGUGUGGAAUAACCUGAAGAAACACAAGGACACCAGCACCAUGGAGAAACCGUGGAAAUGUGGGGAUUGUGGGAAGGGAUUCCGUUCCCCGUCUGUGCUGGAAAUUCAUCGACACAGUCACACUGGGGAGAGGCCGUUCACCUGCUCCGAGGAUGGGAAGGGAUUUACACGAUUAUCCACACUGCUGACACACCAGCAAGUUCACACUGGGGAGAGGCCAUUCACCUGCGCUGAGUGUGGGAAGGGAUUCACUCAGUCAUCCCACCUGCUGACACACCAACGAGUUCACACCAGGGAGAGGCCAUUCACCUGCUCCUUGUGUGAGAAGGGUUUCAGUGAUUCAUCUAUCCUGCAGACACACCAGCGAGUUCACAAUGGGGAGAGACCGUUCACUUGCUCUAUGUGUGGGAAAGGAUUCGCUCAGUCAUCCAACUUGUAUUCACAUCAGCGAGUUCACACUGCGGAGAGGCCAUUCACCUGCUCUGUGUGUGGGAAGAGAUUCCCUCACUCAUCCAACCUGCUGAGACACCAGCAGGUUCACAGUGGGGAGGGGGCUUCACCUGUUCUCAGUGUUGGAAGGGAUUCAGUGCUUCAUCCAACCUAUUUUCACACCAGCGGGUUCACACUGGGGAGAGACCGUUCAUGUGCUUUGUGUGUAGGAAGGGAUUUACUCAGUCAUCCAGCCUGCAGACACACCAGCGAAUUCACACUGGGAGAGACCAUUCACCUGGUAACCGGCUGGCGGCUCCGGCCAAAGCGAGAAGCCGCGGAGCGAACCCUCACGGCCAUGGAUGCUGUCUACGGCGGCCCAAAAGGAGAUCGAGAGCACUGCGCCUGCUCCGGACAACACGGUCAGCAGCGCUUUCUGCGCCUGCGCGCUGGGCUGCCAGCUGAAGGAGAGGAAGUUUUGGUCUGUGUGAACCCUUCCUCUGAUUGGCUGGAGGACCAAAGUCCUUCCGGUCCUCCGUCGCUCGCUAUUGGCCCGAGCCGUCAGUCGGUUGCCUGGAGACCUUGUCUCGAGGAGAUGUUGGGAUAUUUUGAACUGGAUAUUGGAAUGGGCAGAUUUGCGGACAGAUUAUCAAACCAAAUGUCAUACUUGGAAAGAAAGAAGGAAACCUGCACCAUGGAGAAACCGUGGAAAUGUAGGGAUUGUGGAAAGGGAUGCCGGACCCCAUCUGCACUGGAAACCCAUCGACGUGUUCACACCGGGGAGAGGCCAUUCACAUGUUCUGUGUGUGGAAAAGGAUUCUGCACCCCGUCUGCACUGAAGAUUCAUCAACGUGGUCAUACCGGGGAGAGGCCGUUCACCUGCUGUGAGUGUGGGAAGCGUUUUCUCCAGUCAUCUGACCUGUGGAAUCACCAACGAAUUCACACCGGGGAGAGGCCGUUCACCUGCUCUGAAUGUGGGAAGGGAUUUACUCAGUCAUCCCACCUAGUGGCACACCAGGGAGUUCACACCAAGGAGAGGCCAUUCACCUGCUUUGACUGUGGGAAGGGAUUCACGCAAUCAUCCAGCCUGCGGACACACCAGCGAGUUCACACCGGGGAGAGGCCCUUCACCUGCUCUGCGUGUGGGAAGGGAUUCACUCAGUCAUCCAAUCUGCUGACACACCAGCGUGUUCACACCGGGGAGAGGCCAUUUAACUGUUCUGAAUGUGGGAAAGGAUUCACUCAAUCAUCCAACUUGCUGACACACCAGCGUGUUCACACUGGGGAAAGGCCAUUCAUCUGCUCUGAAUGUGGGAAGGGAUUCAGUCUGUCCUCCAAUCUGCAGAAUCACCAGCGAGUUCACAUUGGGGAGAGGCCUUUCACCAGCUCUGAGUGCGGGUAGAGAUUUGCUCAGUUAUCAAACUUGCAGACACACCAGCAAGUUCAUGGUUGAUUGUAGGGGUUGGAUUCUGCUAUUAUUGCUGCUGUUAAUCUCAUCUGAACUGAGCCAUGUUCAUUCUGACACUUGCUGAAGUGGGAGGGUCGAAGGGUUUCUUUCUGCUAGACUGAUUUUUCUUCCAGUGGGCUCAUGCUCUGUUGGAUUGACUUUGCUUUCAGUGGGUUGAUGCUCUUUGAGUUUAGGAGUGCAAAUUUCCACUGAAAUGGUCUGCAAAAGCAGAACUGUAGUAGAACUGGAGUCAGUGGGAAUCAGGGGGAAAACUCUGCACUGGUUAGAGUCAUACCUGGCAGAAAGGAAGAUGGUUGCGGUGUUAAAGGUCAGUCAUCUCAACUCCAGGACAUCACCGCAGG